ACAUCAAUUACUAAAAUUUCAAUAAAAUAAUUUAUUACAAUUAUUAAUUAAUAAAUUAAUAUGAAAUUUGUACCACUACAUGCCACGAAUACAGCCAUUAUUUAUAAAAAUGCGAUUUGUUCGGCGGCCACUCUACUUGUGUUAACAUUUUUGGUCCUGUCCGUAAUGAUACCAGUGCUCUUGGUAUCAUUGCUGAGUCCAUAUUCAGGCAUAGCAGAGUCUCGUGUUUUAUACGAACAACCACAAGUGCAUUUUAAAUAUCAUUCCAUAUUUUUGGGAGAAACAUUGGGGAGCGAAAAUCAAAAAUCAGGAAAGCAGAGUGAUGUGUUUGCAUGCAGUACAUUUCCAAAUUUAAAUAAUGCCUUAACAAAUGAUAACAAUGAUAAAUGUGAUGGAAUUAAGUAUUGGACGGAUGAUUUGGAUUACGAUGGCAAUGUAGAUCGUGUACAUUUUGUGCAACAUAUGGAAACUUUAAACCACAAACUCAUCGCUUUUGAUUUAGCUUUAUUUUUUGAGGCCACUUUAAAACACAAGUGCAAAUUGUCUCCACCUGCAUUGCUAAUUCAUCAUAUUGACUUACCUACGGCUUCCCAGCUAACCAGCGGUGUCAUUAUACUACGUGCUGAACUAAUGCUUAAACAAUAUGUAGAAUUUACCUGUCCAUUUCCAGGACGUAAUACUAAAACUGCUUUUCGUAAUAUAAAACUGCAUACGAAUACUUCCAAUAUGCAACAAUUUCAAACGGAAUCCAUGUGGAAUCAAGUCAAAUCAAAUCCUGCCUUCUUUCACCUAGACGUCCAAGAAUCAUAUGUACGCAAAGCCCCUGCUGAACAGGGUCUAACCAUUCAGUUGGAUUUGGAUAUAUUGCAAUUGGGCGCUCGUUAUCAUUUAAGCAUAUGGGAGAGAUUGGGACAAUUUUGGCUUUACUUUGCUUCCUUUUUUGGCAUUUCGUUUUAUAUAAUGAAUAAAGUGAAAGAUUUUCUUUUCGGCAAUCAUAUUGUGCGUUCUUGGGAAAUAAUACCUUGGAAAAAACUAUACUGACAUAGAAAUGGAGAGAGAAUUUAUUUGGAUGAUUAUUCAGAAACGAGUGUGUUUUGAGUGGAAUAAGCUAUUAAUGAU